AUGUCUACCAGAAUACGCGCAGGUCGCGCCAACAGCAUGGAAAGCAAGCAAGCUCGUGGGAAGGCCAAUGCCUGCCUACGGUGCUACGAGAAGAAAAUAAAGUGCGACAUGGAAAGCCUUGGUCAGCCAUGCACAGGUUGCACACGGGAUGGAGUGAAGUGUCAAAAGCGAUCCCGCAAACCGUAUCCACCACGCAGAGAAGCCAGUAGUGCCGCAUCUUCAACAUCAAGCAGCUCGCGUGGCUCUCCCACGCGUAGCAAACCGGGUUCCACACCACCUCGAAGCGUUCCUAUGGAACGACCGCAAGCGCCACUGUUCAGUCCUGACCAAUUCCACUUCUCUGCUCCAUUUCUGGAAUCGCCCAGUUAUUUUACUCCAAUACACGACUUUUCUUCGAACGUGAUGCCGCACGCAACUGUGGAGCGGUCAAAUACGAUGACGGACACAUUGCCAUUCUUUGGCGGUGAUGAGCAAGACUAUGCCUUCCUGCUCAGCAUGUGCGAUGCUUCCAAAGAUCGCAAGGCAAAUGCCCUCUUCGGCCACAAAUCUUCCAUGGGUAUCAUGGAACCGGAAGCAUUGGCGUACGCUGAAGCCAAAGGCUGUUUCUCGAUGCCGAGCCAUGCUGUCUGCGAAGAUCUUGUGCAAUGCUACUUCCACUACGUGCACCCGAUUUGUCCCAUUAUGGACAUAGCAGACUUCCUCGAGCAAUACCAAGGUGGCGCCUUGGAGGGUACGAGUCUACUGCUCCUGUGGAGUAUGUUCUCGGUCGCAGCCAACUUUGCAUCAGAUUCGACGCUCGCGACACACGGUUACCUGUCUCGUGCCGAACUCAAACAGACGUUGCACGCACGAGCGAAGUGCCUCUAUGAUCUCGGUUACGAGCAAGAUCCCGUCACACAGAUUCAAUCCGCACUCCUCCUGGGCUUCUGGUACUCCGACAUGCAAGAUCAUGUGCAGUCGUGGCACUGGACGGGGAUUGCCAUCUCGUCCGCACAGAGUCUGGGCCUGCACAGAGACCCCGACACCCUCUGCCUCGAACAUCCCGUGCCCAGCUCGCGGCGACGGCUCUUGGCAAACAUCUGGUGGUGCUGUUUCUUCCGCGACCGCUGGCUCAGUUUCGAACACGGUCGGCCCCUCCGAAUCAAUGCGGACGAUUGCAACGUGCCGAUGGUCAGCUCAGACUAUCUGAUGCAGCUACCUGAUCGCGCGCCCAAAUCGUGGCACAAGUAUGUUUCUUUGGAGCUCCGCCAUCUAGGACCGAUAUGGAUAGGUCUGCUGCAGCUCACACUCGUAUUGGAUGACAUCCUGGCGGCCAACCAGUCACCACGCAAGACGACGCUAGACAUCGAGAGCAUGACUAGCCUGGAGCGGCGCAUUGCUCGGUGCUUGCCGGACAAACAGGCCCGUCCUUUCCAUUCCGAUGUGUUACUGUUCUUUGAAUCGCAUGCGCAGCUCCACCUCGAAGCGGCCAUGAUUGCGCUCUACAAGCCAUAUGCGUCCGAAUUCUCCAGCACGUCCGCCAGCACCAGCACAGAUCCUACGCUGAUUCGACUGGCCAACGGGCGCGUCAAAGACGCAUCCGCACGCACCAGCGGGAUUCUGGACCGCAUCAUUUCCUCCGACACUCUGCGGUUCGCAGGACCGAUGAUUAUUCCGCUGCUCGUGCCGAGCAUGACAAUACAUUUGCUGCAAGCCAAAUCUCAUGACCAGUUCACGAGUUCUUGGAGCCGCAGUCGACUAGACCAAUGUCUAUUGGUGCUCAAGCGACUCGAAGCCAACUAUCCCGCCGCUGCUCUCGUGCACCAGCUCUUCGCCGGGAAGCGUGGAUCGCAAGCGGCGGCAUUGGACGUGGGCUCCCACGACGCGUCUACAGCAAGUCUGAUGGACGAUUCCAAGCGGAUGUCUUCUUCCUGCGGACUCGACAUUGCACGCAACCACGAUAUGGUACACCAGUGGCAGGGAGCGCCGUUGGACAUUCAUAGCACGGGAAGCCUGUGCACUCCCAACCGAAGCGCAGUCGCAGCAGCAGCAGCGACAGCACAGUGGUCGAGUCCUCCCAAUCUGGAGAUUGUGGACCCGGACUUUGAUCUCUGGAACCUCACAACACCCUCCGAGGGGCCCCUCUUCUUUCCUCUUGAUGAUGUCCACAUGAAUGGACUGGAAUAUGGCGCGUGCGCAGCAUGA